UGAUUGCAAACUCGUGGCUUCGUAGAAUUUACCGGGCGGAAUAUAUAUGUUACAUGUGCGGUGAUUCCGUAGAAAGGCAACUUUGAGUCUUCUAUUUGUAUUCCUUUGCGACGAAUUUUUUACCUCGGUUUACUUGGGUUUGGACGAUGUUAGCUGGGAAAUUCAAUUUCACAACACUACAGACUCUUUUAAGACUUUCGUUUUCUCGUUAUGGUAGGGUCUUAGUCGCGCCAACAAGUCUCUUCAAGCAAAACUUGCACAGUUUCAAUAUAAAUAGACCAAAAGAAGUUGCAGAUCUAUUAAGGAUUAAGGAACUAGCAUAUGGAAAGCUAGUACCUGGAGAACUUGCUGCUGACCCCAAGAUCUCGGCGUGCUUCCGUUCGACAGUUCGAACGGGAGUAUUGGCUAGGAAGGCAGGAAUGAUGCAAUACUGGGAUGAAAAAGGGAUCAUGCACCCGUGUACAGUAGUUGUUAUUGACAGAUGUCAAGUAGUUUAUAUAAAUCCUGUAAAGGACAGCAAGGGAAGAGUAGGUCUUCAAGUGGGAGCAGGGCUUGAACGUCCAUAUCAAAUGCGUAAGUUCCUGAGGAUGCAUUUUGCAUAUAAUGGAGUAGAGCCUAAGAAGAAACUGGCUGAAUUUCGUGUGACGGAGGACGCAAUAGUUCCAAUAGGAACUGAGCUUUCGGCUAAUCAUUUUGUUGUUGGACAAUACGUAGAUGUCAUAGGAACCUCUAAAGGAAAGGGUACUCAAGGAGCUAUGAGGAGAUGGGGCUUUGCUGGUCAAAAUGCGUCUCACGGUGUUAGUAAAGCCCAUCGAAAAAUAGGCUCAGUAGGAGGUGGAAGGUCCAGACCUCAAGAGACUCCAAAAGGUAAAAAGAUGGCGGGAAAGAUGGGAAGAAAGAGAGUUACGAUACAAAGCUUGGAAGUUCUUCGUGUAGAUGCUGAGAGAAACCUCUUAUAUUUACAUGGUGCAGUUCCUGGACAUCGAGGAAGCUGGGUAAGAGUGCGAGACGCUAAAAAGAAGCCUUUUGAACCAGAAAAGGUACCUCCUUCACCAACUUACGUUCCUGUAGAAGGUGAAAAACAAGAGACUUUCGUAUCAGGUUGAAUCAUAUUCGCAGAUAAAGUGGACUUGAG